GGACGAAAUCCAGCGCAUUUCCGAAGGUUGCGUUACUGUCAACACUCUUGUUGUUACAUCUGCACUGAUGACUGUAGAUAUUGUAAAUUUGCUUAAUUCUGCUGCCUGUGGAGAUCCAAAAGUUAUGCUUCCGGCUAGCCAACAGCUUACAAUGCUAACUGAAAUGAAGGAAAACUACAGUGAAGUUUGUUCAGCAAUUGCUGCAUGCGUUUUCUCGUGUGAUAAUCAUUUGUCAGCUGAUGGACGUUUUAUUGGUCUUAUUCACCUCAAAAAUAUAAUUAUCGACUGCAAAGUUUGGCCAAAUGUCGAUAUCAAUGUCAAGAAAGAGUUAGAAGGGCUUUUGUUCGGUUAUAUAUCUCGUGGAGUAGAACAGACUAACCUUUCCAACUCUACUGAAAAUUCCCCACGAAGUGGUGCGAUUAUUGCAGAACUUGUUGCAAGUUUUGUGAGAAAUGAGUGGAUGAAGAAUGAUUGGUCAGAUUCCUUUUGGCAUAGGCUUGUUGAUUGGCAUGCGUGGUCAUCCUUAAGAUCUGGAUUAAAAGCUGCUGGAAGUUUUAGGUUACCUUGGAGACGUCGGGCUUUCAACUCACUAGUCAGGGAUUUGUUACCAAAUAUUAUUGAGUCGUUUCGGAUAGCUUUGGAAAGCCCGGAAAGAAACAUUGACCCUGGCAUCAAGUUGGCGAGAUUACUCUAUUCGUGCUUCACUUUAAUAGACUACACUAGCUGCAUGAGUUCAGAAAACACAGAUAAGUUGUUCAAAGCGGCUCUUACAGUCUCUAUCCAGUCUCUGAACCUCGCGUUUCAAGAUCUACCAAGUAAAGGAGAAUCCCCUCUAAUAUCUGUUUUUCGUCGACGUGUAUCAAAAUUGCUAUUUUCUGUGUUUCUAUCUGCGUCUCCAGAAGUUCGCGACGUCUUUGUUGAGUCUGUGUUAGAGCAUAUUUUGUUUAUUGUUUCAUGUCCAACUGGGACAAAAAUAAGCUACAAGGAUAGACAUGCAGUAAAGUGGCUUUUAGCAGUUACAUACAACGUGUUGCUCUCCAAAUCUUCUGAACAUAGGGGUCACAUUGCACUUACCGAACAGGGAAAACACAAACUGGAAUUAUGGAUGUCCGAGUCUUGUCUAUCAAACAAUGGACAAGUAAAUAACAAGUUGUCAUAUUUUGUUAUGUCUCUCUUUGAACAUUGGUUUCUGUUCACUCCAAAGGAAUUUCAACUUCUUACUAGUGAUCCAGAAGCUUGUUUAGCCUCAGGUGGUAUUACCAAUACAAGUGCAAGCAAGGAAGUUGAGGAUGUUGAAGAGUAUGUUAGUCUCAAUUCUUUCUGGAAUGUUGACUGUCAAACAAAUGAGUUGUGGAGGUGUAAUAUUCAAACAUUGAUGGGGAUCUCUGACAAUUCUCAGCACAUGCUUAAUGCCGAACCAUGCCGUCAGUUAGCAGAACUUAUAUUUACAGUAUAUUCUCGAUUUUAUGAGGAUUUGAAUCCUUUACUUUAUCAGAUAAUUCAGGGCGUAAAUGCUGGAACUGACAAACCAUUUAUUUAUGAAGCUGUUAUGAGACUGACACAAUUAUGCUUGCCUUAUUUUGGUACAAAAGAAAAUUGGAUUAAUCUAACUAAACACCUUAUAACUGAAGGUUUAGCCAUAGGGAAUUCUAUACAGAAUAGUCUUGGAUCGCAUCCAAUAGAAGAUGAAAUACCACCCGUUGUUAUUUUGACUCGAACUCUCUGCCUCUUAUCGCGAUACGGUAUAAUGUGUAUUCCGUCAAAUGAUAUGGAGUCUUCAUCAUUGAAGUCACGGUGUAACGAUGCUCUCUUGCAUUUAAAUCAAUUUCUACGUCGGCCUACCAACUGGGGUCAAGAGAUAUCUAGAAAUCAAAUAAUAUUGUGUAUUCGACUUGCAGCUGUAUAUGGUGUUGCAUGGCUUUUACAAGAACCAGUACUUCCUGAGGAUAUUUUAGCAAUUCAUGCAGAAAGUUUACUAAAUGAUACACUUGUAUUGAUUCAGGAUGUCAGAGAAUGCGAAACACGAAUCUAUUUACUGACUGUAUUACGAAAUAUAAUUCAAAGAAUUGAUCUGAUUUCCUUUCCCCAACUUACAUCACCGAUCUUAAGCACUUUAGAUCACUUGUGGAGUCUUAGUGGUCAAAGUGCUGCACUUCGAGCCAACAUUCUGGAUACUGUUUGCCUUCUAGUUACUGAACUUAAUGCAUCUAACGAAAAUCUUUCAUUACUACCUGAAUUCAACACCUUGUUACGUAACCCUGUAAUCAGUUUAAUUCAGAUGUCAUUAGACAAUGUAACGGAGAAUAGAUUAGCUGGUUCAGAGGCUCUAUUUGAACCAGGUCUACGUUUAUGGGUUAGUUUAGUUGAGGGCAACGGUUCAAUAUGGUCAUCAGAUCUGGUCAAUUUGAUGCCUUUACUAGUUGGUGAUAGUAUACGUUUAAUACAAUCCGGUGGCGAUAUGUCUUUGGAUAGAUCCUUAAGACAGCCUUUACUUGCUCGUGUAGAUUCUGGAGAACAAGUUGAUUUAGUCUUUCGUAUUGCUUAUGGAACGUUGAGACUGGCUCAUAAAGCUGGUUGUGAUACUUUACACAAUUUUGUCAGUCAAUGGUCUGAAGCAUUUUGGAUGUCUAUUUUAAUGGUCAGUUUAAAUUGGGGAUCAUGUGAACAAGUGAAUUUAGAGGAUUUGUACUCACAAGCUGCCUGUGUUGGUGAUGACAAUAGAUCAGAUGAAGAAUCAAAAUAUCGCUUGAAUCAAUUAAAAUUUUUCAUUCUAUGGUUUACAAUCUAUUUGGAUAUUGAAUGUUUGAAACAGUCAACAGUGGCAGCAGCAGCAACAACAACAGCGGCAUUGUUAUCAUCACCAAGUGGAAUUGCUUUACUUAUUUUAGCGGCUAGAUAUUGUUUAAUUCGUGCACCACAAAAUGCUCAUGAUGAUGUCACUCCAAAGGCAACAGAACUUCGCUUGGUACUGCUUGCUAGAUUAGUAUUAUAUCCAAAUAUGUGGUUAUACUUCAUGAAUAUAUUACAAUUAAUUCAUAAAUAUACCGAUGAAAAUUGUUUUCAUAGUAUUCCUUUACUUCUACAAGAGUGUAACGCACUAAUUAAUCAACACUGUUCAAUUUCUUCAUUACCUGAAUUACGUAAUCUUUUAACUGCUCCACUUACUCGUUGGUUAGGACGAGUUGAUUCUCUUUCAACUUACAUAGAUCGACGUUGUAUAGCUAUUGCUUGUAUUAUUUGUUUAAGACAAGGUGUUCAACAAUAUACUCUCAAUGAAAUUCAGCUAAAUGAUUCAAAAUUUUUAGAAGAAUUAGCUGUUAAUGAUAGUUGGCAUGCUGAAUGGCUUGAACGAGUUAUCAAUAUUAUUAUACAGGUGCUAUAUGAUGAGGAUGAAUUGACAAUACAAGAUGAAAAUGUUCAAUUUUAUUAUGUCUAUCCAAUUGAUAUUGCUACAAAGAACAGUCUGAUACACAGAAUUCGUAAUGAAUUAACAUUAUGGCAGAAUCAAUUAGGCAAUCCUGUGUUAGCUGAUGCUUUGAUCAAGUGUCAUGUUGAUCCAGCUCUACGUGUUCAAUUAGAAAGUCAAUUAAAUCAAUGUGAAUGAAUAAUUUAUAUUAUAUACAGAUGUUUUCUACAUUAAAAAUAAAAAUGCUUUCA